AUGGACCCCGUCAUCAAUACGCCGGAUGACGUAGCUGAGGCGGUCCGUAGGGCCCCGAACUGGAAAAGUCCGGGACUCGACGAACUGCAUCACUACUGGCUGAAGGGGUUCGUGGUGUGUUACGCUGUUCUCGCCCGACAGUUUCAAGAGGCUCUCGACCAAAAGUCGCUCCCGAGCCUCUUCACUACUGGGAUCACUCAUUUGGUUCCUAAAGACCGGGAUUCCACAGACCCGAGCAAAUACCGCCCCAUAACGUGUCUACCUACCAUAUACAAGACACUAACAUCCAUUUUGAGCGCGAGAAUCACUCGUCACCUGAACUCAAAUCAGGUGAUGUCGCGCGCUCAAAAUGGAUGUCGGGGCGGCGGUCGUGGAACCAAGGAACCACUCCUCAUUGACGCGGUCAUUGGCAAGGUGGUUAAACGCAACCGUCGGAACCUCUCCGCCGCCUGGAUAGACUACAAAAAGGCAUUCGACUCGGUGCCUCAUACAUGGCUGAAGAGGGUCCUCGAGCUGUACAAGGUGUAG